ACCAGUCAAUCUGGCAACUUUUGUGGCUCGAUUCUUAUUUGCCCAAUCAACUUGCAACCACCAGUUUGUCUUGUGUGGACCAAUGGUUACACUUCUGGCCCGGGGAUUAUGUAUGAUGGUCCCCAAUGUUCUCCCAGAAGCCGCAAGCAUGUUCCGACCGUCGACAAGGUAUCUGACCCAGAUUGCUUAUAAUAAGGAGGACAAGGAGGCACGCCCCAGAAAGCAGCAUACAAUUCCCAUGACCCUUCGCGAGCUUUCACAGGCUAUGUUUGCAUUCCAGGAUUCUGUAGACUCUCGCUUAAGGAGCAUAGAGACGCUCCUUCUCACGCAACAAUGGCAGGUGGAGGAAAUACUUGAAUACACCCGCGAACAAGGAACAAGGCUGAGCAUGGGGCAGGUCCUAAACAAGGCAAACGUCAGGGAUA